AGCGCGAAGUUGGCUCCGAAAGAUACAAAUGUUCGCAUACCUUCUACUCAACUACGUCUGAGUCGCAUAACAAGCGUCUUGGUAUGUAGUGAAUUUCGAUGGCAGACCCUCAUCUUGUAUCUAUGAAUCCGCAUAUAUAACAUCUCGACCUUUCCUUGUCCAAGUUUUAUACCAUCUCGGCGUCUUUCUACACCAGCUACCUAUAGCUAUUACGAGUGUUUACAUCAGUGGCGAAACUCUACCUCGACAUACUCUUCUGCUGUAUUUGACAAUGUCAACCUCUAUGCAGAUUCAACCAAAUGGCAAUGGCCACGCCAGCCAUGACCAUAUUCUCCGUCCCCGAGCUGUGAAGCCAGGAAAUCCUGGAGUGCUGCGGACAUUGAGCGAAGAGGGUUUGUUGGCUCCUGAUGGCGCGAAAGAUGCUUCUGUUAGUGGUAACGCCUCAGGGCAGACCAGUGGCCGCUCAACUCCUGUUCCUGCAGAUGCACCACCUUCCGUUCAAUCAAUUUCCUCGGCACGAAAGCAACUCAGAGCGGAGCAACGCAGAAGACUGUUUCCAACGAUCGAGUAUGCCUCCCGAGUUUCUCACUUCGACCCAAACAGCGACUAUCGAGACUUCCAGGGGUUUUAUGUGUUGUUCUGGAUCGCUCUAACAAUUAUGAUCAUCACAACCAUGUUAAGGAACAUAAAAGAUACUGGAUAUCCGAUGAGAGUGCAGAUCUGGCAGCUUUUCACAGUCAAAGUCUGGGAACUAGCUUUAGCUGACGGUAUGAUGGUCCUCAGCACAGCCGUUAGCUUGCCUCUCCACAGACUGUUCAGGAGCCAGAUGGGCAGGUCGCUUGGUCUCAGAUGGAUUGGCGGAGGCAUGGUGGUUCAAGCUCUGUUUCAGACUGUCUGGUUUGCUUUCUGGGUUGAACUGCCAUUUCAACGUGAAUGGACAUGGACUGCGCAAGUCUUCUUGACUCUUCACACGAUCGUUCUUCUUAUGAAGAUGCAUUCGUACGCUUUCUACAACGGCCAUCUGAGUGAGACGGAGAGGAGAUUGCAGGAACUCGACGAGCCCUCGACCGCAUCGCGAGAGCCCGCAUAUCAAUAUCCCAGCGCUGGACACUCCCCAACAACAGAAGACCGAAAACGACAAGAGGCAGAUGAGAAAACGGCUCUAGCUCGUCUUCGAGAAGACCUUGCCAUUGAAUUGACAUCGCCCUUGGGAUCGGUCACGUACCCGAAGAAUCUGACAUGGUACAAUUACGGGGACUUUUUAUUUUGCCCAACUCUCUGCUACGAGCUUGAAUAUCCUCGAACGGAUGGCAUUGUAUGGAGUGAGCUGGGCUAUAAAGUUCUUGCAACCUUUGGGGUGAUCUUCCUCCUAGUCGUCACCUCCGAAGAGUUCAUUCUCCCCGUCAUGAUCGAAUCAGCAAGCCGACUUGAAACUGUGACCUCUUUCUCGGAGACAGCACUCAUUUUGUCCGAAUCCAUCUCAUUGCUGCUAUUUCCCUUCAUGAUCACAUUUCUUCUCGUCUUCCUGGUCAUCUUCGAGUAUGUUCUCGGUGCAUUUGCUGAAAUCACCUGUUUCGCCGACAGGCAUUUCUACUCAGACUGGUGGAACUCUACCGAUUGGCUCGAAUUCUCACGCGAGUGGAACAUCCCAGUGCAUCACUUCUUCCGUCGACAUGUCUAUAGCGCCUCACGACCACACAUUGGACGUCCCAUGGCGACAUUGAUUACCUUUCUCAUCAGCGCCAUUGGUCACGAAAUCGUUAUGGCCUGCAUUACGAAGAAGAUCCGAGGGUAUGGUUUCCUAGCUCAAAUGAGCCAGCUUCCCAUCGUGAUGCUUCAGCGCACAAAGUGGGUAAAGGGGAAGAGAGUCUUGAACAAUGUCUGCUUCUGGUGCUCGAUGAUCUUGGGCCUGAGUAUGAUUUGUUCUUUGUACGUUUUAUGCUAGAUAUUGUACAUUAUUUGCUACAUCUCCUACUGUCAGAGAUACCCGGUGGUCAACGAAUGUUCUUCAAGCUAUGCAUUACAUGUAUGAUGGAUGAUGUGAUGCCAUACGUUCCAAGCAAGAUCGUGUGAAACCUGUCCCAGUUGAGCACGUCUACUGAAAUGCGGUUGCGACCUAUUUGUUGGCCAAUUUAGCUAAUGACGAGAUGUGUCCC